GCUCUGAUGCGCUUGGAGUACGAGGGCCUGGCCGAAACGCAGGCGCGCUCCUCUGCCGACCCCGCGACUUAUGCCAUGGAACGUUACGCGUACUAUGUAUGCCAUAAGUGUAACAAGGCAUACUUCGGUGGACUUGCGCGAUGCGAGGCUGAAUCUAACGGCCAUUGGGAACCAGCGGAGCUGAUGUGCGGCGCCUGCAGCGACACCACAGGCGCGCGCGUCUGUCCCAAACACGGCUCUGACUUCCUUGAGUACAAAUGCCGAUACUGCUGCUCGGUGGCAGUAUUUUUCUGCUUCGGCACGUCUCAUUUCUGCAACGCGUGCCAUGACGACUUCCAGCGCGUCACCAACAUUCCGCGGCAUCUUCUGCCUCAGUGCCCUGCCGGUCCAAGAGGUGAACAAAUGCCUGGCACGUCCGAUGAAUGCCCUCUUCACGUACAACAUCCCCCAACCGGCGAAGAGUUUGCCCUUGGCUGCGGCAUAUGCCGUCAUUCACUGUCUUUUUAAAUUAUUUAUUGCGUUUUUUUAAGUCUAAGUAUUUUUAAAGAUUUGUUAUUUAUUUUUCCUAGAAUGCUUUGUAAUGUUUUUUUAUAUUAUUUCUUACUGUAGAAUUACGGAUUAUUUAUUUUAGAGUUACACACAAGGCGCGAAUAAAACGCGGACAAACAGGUUUAGAUGAAUAUUUCUUAUGUCUAUGCCAACAUUGAAUUAAAUUAAUUUUAUAAUGUGUACUUUUAGCUACUAAAUAAAUUCAAUGCAGUAUUACAAGCUCUCUUUAAAGGUAAUGUGAAAAUUGAAAUAAGAAAAGUCAAAUUUAAGCUAUUUAGGUAGCAAAGAAAUUAUAAAAUUGUUUUCAUUUCAAUGGCAUAGACUAGGAAGAAUGAGCUUUUGACUAAUUUAAUAAAUUAUAGCUAUCCUAUCGACUGUUUCCUAUCGUUAAAUAAAUAUUUUUGUACAGUUUAAGUGUUUACAAUCUGUGCACGAACUUUGCAUAGUUCGGAUGCACGUGUACAUUUUUAUUUAAGUUAGUUACACUAAACAUAAUGUCUUUUUUUAAUAGAUUUGUUUUAAAUUGUUAAAUAAUCAAAAGUUAAAAUAAACAAAUAUGGAUUUCGUCCACACGUAAAUUGACCUUAUAAUUGGAAUUCGGAAUAUCACAUUUUUUGUUCUACACGGAAUUGAAUAAGCCACAUAGAUUAAGACAAAAAAACUGCAUAUUGUAUCUAUACGUCCUUCUAAUUCUUGUUAGUGGUUCAUAUUGACAAUUAUUUUACGACGCGACUUGUCUAUUGGAUAGUUAUUUAAUGGUGUUUUACCAUUAGAUAUUGUAAUUAAGUAUCAAACGUAAUCGAUAAAUCAUUAUUGUACAGAUUUACUGUUAAAACAAUCGUUGAAAUUCAUAACAUCAGUAUUUCCGAUUUAGUCAUAGUAAAUAAUAUUAUUACACUCGAAUAGACACUUGUAAAUUAUAGAUUAAAUAUUUUGAGACUGUUAGAGACAUAUUGCGGUAAAAUGCAAUAUAGUUUUGAAAAAAUUAUAUAAGUCUAUUCAAAGCGCUUUCCAUAACGCUUUAAAAGUAAAGGCGUCCGAAUACUUGACACUUUCAUAUCUGUGUGUGCGAUUAUUAAUGAAUGAGAAUGUUUGAAUUCCUAUACUUGGAGUUAAGCUGCAGGUUACCGUUUAUUCGGAAUCAAUAAACUUAAUGAAAACCAGCAAUCUCUAUCUCGAAGCAUAUUAUUUCUAAAACUCUACCGAUAUAAGACGGGUUAUUUCAAUAGCCAUAUCACGAAAGAGACGUAUUCACCAUUUAAACAAUUGCAAAGACUUUUUCCAACUGACUGUUCAGUUCCCGCACCAAAAUAGACAUUUAAUGAACGAAUGAGACAUACCGGAUUUUGACUUGAGAUGCAAAUUGAUACAGAAAUAAGUAACAUAGUAAUGAAAAUACAUUGAAAGUAAUUAAAAGGGAUUUGACAUAAAUUAAACGAUGAUAGACAACCGGACAACUGAAAUAAAAGUUAACAUAGUCUCUGAGAGUAGGACUACGUUUAUGCACUGAGGUGAUAUCGUAAUGUUUUAACGCUCAACGAUUCUAUUCCGGUUUAUAAUAAUAAAAUUCUUAUUAAUAUUAAUCUAUAUUCACGUUUUUUGACAUUCAAUAUGUCGCAUUCUUAAGUGUCUAAAUAUAAUCAAUGUCGUGUAUUUAGAUAAAGUAUGAGAGCCACCCUGGAGCUUAAUCCCAAAUAAAAUUCCUAAAUAUCUAUCCUACUCUUGUUACUGGGUUACUAUUUCUUUAUACCCCCUUAUUGUUAUACGAAUUAAGAUUUGUUUUCAUAGAGCCUGCACCGAAAAAAUUUCAAUAACGUCAAUUUUAAUAUAUUUCACGAUGCAACCUAAGCAUAUAAAAUAAUUUAACGAUCACUUGACAAGGCAGACACUAAAAUGUCAACGAUCUAGUUGUAGUUGUAGUGGCACCUAAAAAAAAACAAAACUAUUAUAGAACAUGCGUUGUAAAAAAAAAAUAAAAAACCUAACGGUCGUCGUUCUUAAAAUUAAUAUAAAAUGUGAGUGUUUGAAACGUUAAAGAGUAAAAAUUGAUUAUAAUUUUACGUGCUACGAGUUAUUUAGUUAAAUUAAAUCACAUUGUUACAUUUGCACCAAAAGUGCAAAUUAAUCUGAAGACAUACGUUGUUAGUUAUAACACAAAUUAAUCAUUGAAAUGGCACUGUUAAAUUAUAUUAAUAAAAAAAGGUGCGAGGCUCUUAAAACUGUUAUAACUUUCCAACUGCCGACCUCUUUGUGAUCCUUAACAUUUAUUAUUUGCUGCCAAUUUUCAUAUUAUAUACUAUCCAGCGUUAAUCGCAAACAUAUAAUAGUAAUAUCUUAUCUAUGUAUGUACGUGCAACGCCGUACUUUCAAUGUUAGUAGUAGGGUUGUAACGGAGACCAUUUUAACGGAAGCGGAUGCGGAGGUCAGUAAUAAAAUAUUAAUUGUGAU